CUGAAGCUUGAAACUGAAGUGCUGGAUGGAAAGCCUAGGCUAAUUUUAACUACUUCUGAUAAAUCAAAGCCUGGAGUAAAGAUGGGUAACAAAGCCAGAGCACCUAAAAAGGCACUGAGAAUAAGGCAUACUGGGCAUGUUCUGAAGUCAGCACAAAAUGCUCGUGUCAAGCAGGAAAACGUAACAAAACCUAGGAGUGAAUCGAGCUUAUCAAUGACAAAAGGUGAAAAACUGCACGUUACUAAACACUCUUCACAUGGAGUCCCAACUAAAGAUCACUCUUUGAUUUUCCAAAGAGAGAGCACAAACACAUACCCUGAUUCAGAGAAUCACAGUGUUGUUAAAAAAGGGAAACAGGAACCUCAAAACCCAUGUGUAUCAGCUGAAGACCUAAGGAUUUUGGUGUGUUUGACACAAGAACAGCUUCAGCAGAUUUUGAUGACUGUAAAAGAAGGAACUAGGAGUAUCGCUGAGACUCAUAAUGAAAAGCAAGAAGAAAUGGUUAACAAUGAGGCAUCAGAGGAAAACGUUAUAGUGUUCCUCCAGAAAUCUUGUGAAAUUCCAUCUGUUUCAGAGGAAGGUAACUCCGAUUCAAGCAAGAAACAAGCAGCAGAUCUGCAGCCAGGACGUAAAAUUACAAAGGAGUCAUGGAAACCUGCUGACAUGUUCAGUACCCUGGGUGAAAGAGAAGGGGAGAAGGCCUUACUAGAGCUUAGAAGGACCCAAUGGAAGAAGGAAUUAGAUGAACAGGUAGCACUGAAGAAGAAACUGAAAGAAACUUUGGAGCGAGAAGUGGGUUAUUUCUGGGCCAAGCCUGGCAAUAAUAAAGUGCAUAAAGAGGAAGUGGAAACAGCUGACCCAGACAAGACAGUGUUUCCAGCUGACUCAGUUAUUACCACAGAGGAAGACGAUGUCUGUGCAACUGCUUUAACCACAGAGGCUGAUCGAGUACCACUGAGCCUUUCAAGUGCUCCAGCUGGGCAGCGUUCUGAUCACCGACCUUCUGACUUACCAGCUGCCACUCGCUCAGCAUUUGUUUUAGGGGAAGCUGUGCCACAGGAACGACCUUUUGGUGCUUUGAAGCAUGAGCAACAGAAGAAGUGGCUUGAAGAGCUGGACAAACAGAAGGAAGAAGCUAAGCUACGAAAAAUAGAAGAAAAACUUAAUUUAUCAAAGGCUGAAGAGCAUGACAGAUGGGCAAUGCAUUUUGAUUCUUUAAAGAACCACCUUAAUGCUAGUGCACAAAACCCCUUAAGUGGAAUGUACAAAAAGCAGCCUGAAAGUCUUUGCCUGUCACCUGAGCCUAAGGACCCGACUGCUUUUAUUCACCCUUUUUCACCUGCAGCUUUAGGCAGCCUCAUGCCCUCAAAGGUGGGAAAUGCAGAAAAAGCUGCUAAGAACAGUGCUGUGGGACACAAUCAGAAGGUCAGUUUCCUCCGUUCAAUGACAGCUCUCCUGGACCCUGCACAGCUUGAAGAGAGGGUCCGGCGGCGGCAGAAGCAGUUAGAACAUCAGAAAGCAAUAAUGGCUCAGAUAGAAGAAAAACGGACGAAGAAACAACUGGAGGAAGAGCAGAGAAGAUGGGAAGAACAAGAGGAAGAACAGCGCCUAGCACGAGAAAAAGAACAAAAGCAGAAGCAGUUUGAAGAAGAUAUGCUGAAACAAAAAGAGAAGGAGGAACUCGUGACUCUUAAAACAAACGAGCUCUAUCAGACAGUGCAGAAAGCACAAGAACUAGCACAGAGAUUAAAACAAGAGCAGCGCAUACGAGACUUGGCUCACAAGGGCUAUGACAUUUCAAAACUUCAGAAGGAUCCUGGUGGUGGUAAUACAGAAUGUGAGAAUGGUAAUGCUGACAUUUCACAUCGAAGUCGCGGUUUUCCUGAUGACGCUAAGUGUCCCAUUGAUCAGCAGGCUUCUCCUCGGAAAGACACUGCUGUGCAGACAGAUGAUUUUAAUACUUCAGCAUGCACUGAGUCAGCUGAGGAAAGAAUUGUGUGUUGCACACCGCCUGAUGUUUCCAUAGAAUAUAAAGAAAACUCUAGAAGCAAAAAAUACCAGAAGGAAACGCAGUAUAUAGAUAAACACAAAAGUUCAGCGAAGGAGAAUGGUGGCGUUUACAGUGAUCUGUAUGAACCAUAUGCAAGAAAAGACAGACAGACUAAGCCUUCCGAAAAAUACAGCAAAAAACCCAACUGGAACAUAAACAAGCCUGGGAAAAGGUACAUUCCAGCUUCAGAAAGAUACCCUAAAGAGCGACAGAAACAAAGGGAAGAAAACAAAGUAAGACGACAAAUGGAGCUGCUUCAGUUGGUGGAAAGAAAUACACCUGGGAAUCUCUGCCAAAAAAGGGCUGGUUACUCGGACAGGUCUCCUUCACCUCACGAAGAAAUAAAUAUGAAGAAAAAGGGACAUAGACUCAGAAAGGAAGAACAAUUACAUAAGAACCAUUUGAAUGAAGAAAGAUGUGAAUCACCACCUGUUCCAGCAGUUAAGAACAGAUUACACCAAAACCAGACACAUGCUUCCAAUUUCCUGGUGCACAACAGCAAUAGUAGAAGAGAGAAAAACAUCAGGACAGAAACACAGCAGAGGAGCUCCCCUCCUCCCGCUGCAGAAGCCGCAAGACCUCCUUCCUCACAAUUUAUUCCCUAUGUUCGAACAAAUGAAGUGUAUUACCUCGAUCCCGACGCGCCAGUGACUAGACCUUCAACGCACGACCCACAGGAUCAGCAGUUUAAUGAUUCUUACCAAACGCCUCGACAGAUUUUUAGCUCUGCUCACGUUAGCGAUCCUCUUCUAAAGCCCGACAUAGUUAAAAUCAGAGAGCGACAACAAGCAAUUCUCAAAGGACUGUCAGAAUUACGCCAGGGCCUCCUGCAGAAGCAGAGGGAGUUGGAGACUGCGCUCAUUCCCACUGCAGCACCAGAAGAGAACUUGGCUUUGCCAUUCUGA